AUGUUUCCAUGUGAACAACUAAAAACUUAGAAUUAUAAUUAAAAAUCAUGCAUAGUUCCUCAUUUUUACCAUAUUGUAUAUCCUAAUAAAGAAGCAGCUAAUGGCAUUGAGAAUUAAUCAAUGGUCUCAAUUUUCGAAGAAAGAGAAAGAGUUUUGAAAUAUUAAUAUGAAGGGUUCGGAAGACAUCUUCAGAAUAUUUGUUCGGAACAAUUUGUUGAAAGACCAAUGAAUUUUGGUGAAUGGAGCUUAAAUGAAAGGGAAACUUUCAAAAGAUACUUUCUAAUUUUUGGUUACGGUAGAUGGUAGUUAAUUAGAGACUCUUCAAAAAAUUCUGGCUUUAAUUUGGAGGAUAAGGCUGAUGAAGAAAUGAUACUCUAUGCGAAUUCCUUCAUUCAAACAAUUAUAAGUUAAUUGAAAGCUCAAGAGACUAAAGAGGUGCAGUAAUUCUUAAUUAAUCUGGUAGAAACCAAUUAAUAUGAUGCUGUUAUAGACUCGAAUCUCUAAAUGUGGGGUGGUGAGUCAUUUGCUCAGAGAGCUAUUCAAUGGGGUAAAAGAAUUUAGCUGUUAUUCGUUGUCAAUAGAUUAACUAAAAUAUAUAAACAAAAAAGAAAAGCUUAUUUAUCAUAGGAUUAGAAUGACAGAAUAGAUUAAAAACUCUACAAGAAUUAUCAGAAUAAGGAUAAUUUACUUAACUUUAUUUCUAAUGAUUAGCUAAUUGGAAUGAGACCAGCCACUUGGUGGUCUAGAAAGCAUGAUAUAGAUCUUGUACUAGGAACAUACAAAUGGGGUUAUGGUAACUAUCAAAUGAUGAGGGAGGAUCCUAAAUUGAGUUACUGUAAGAUAAAUAGAAAUGACACUAACUACAUGUUCCCUAUGGCUGAAAACAUCACAAAGAGACUUAAAAAACUUGUCCAACUUGUUAGUAGGAUAGAAGGGGAAUUUGAUUUUGAAGGUUAAACUAAGCCAAGUGAGCAUUCAGGUUUUAGCUUUGAGGAGAAAAAUGGGAUAAUUGAAAUAUUAGGAGAUUAUGGAAUACCUAUUUCUCAUGAUGAAAAUAAAAAAAGUGAUUGGUAAUUAUUAAGAAAUAGAGUUUCUCAUUAUCUUAAUAAGAUAAUGACCUAGCCAGAUCAUAAACUCGAAAAGUUUAUAACAUUUAUUUAACUCGAAUGUCAAAAAUUAAUACAAGAAUAUCACAGUGCAAUAUCUAGACUAGGCUAAGUCAAGAAAGAUGAAAAGUAAGAUGAUAAUGAAUUUAAAAUUCCAAAGACCAAGAACUUAAGGCUUGAUCAAAUUGAUAUGGAAUUAUUCUUUAAGUCAGAUGAUGAAGAUGAUUUCAAAGUGAAUAUAGAAUAGGCAAUGAGAAUUUAGACAAGAAUUUCUAUGAGCAGAGAAAAUUAGCUAUUUGAAGCAUGUAUUGAUGAGCUUCAAGAUUAGAUCUAGACAGAUAGAGAUAAUGAUGAUUGCUACUUGCCAGAAUAAUGGGUUGUUGGCAUUCACGAUAGAGGUCUAUUGAAUGCCGUUGCUGAAAACGGUGUGAAUUUUCUUAAAUCAGUCAAGCAUGUCCAUGAAUAUGGCCUUUAUGCUUGUAAUAUUAACUCUAAGAAGCUAGUCAAAAGAGUUGAGUAUUUAUGCGGAUUUUUCAAGAACUUACCAAAUAGAAAAACAGAUUAGCCUAAGGACAGAUAAAUAGCAUUGAAAGCAAGUAUGCUAAAUAUCACUCAGAGACCUACUCAGAAAGUUAAAAUCAACAUAGAUACUGAUAAAAAUGGGGACAUAUUAUAUCCUAUCAUAAUUACUCAGAGCUUGAAGAUCCUUGAUCUUGGGUAUAUUGAAUGGGAGAGGCCAGAUUAUCAUUCUCAUAGAAAUAUAUUUCCAAUUGGAUUUAAAACGAUUAGAACUCAUUAGAGUUUAUACUCUGUUGGUGGUAGAGCUGAUUAUAUAUGUGAAAUCUUAGAUGGAGGUGAUAGACCAUUAUUUAAAGUUAUUCCAAUGGAGGAAUAAGAUAAACCACUAGUUAGAGAAAGUGCAUCAGGUUGCUGGCUAGAAAUAGUCAAAAGAAUUGAGAGUCUAACCAACAUAAGAAAAGGUAAAGUAACAGUAAGUGGGCCAGACAGAUUUGGAUUGUAAGAAGCAGGAGUUAUGUAGCUAAUCUAGUAGCUACCAAAUGCUAAUAAAUGCCAAAAAUAUAAUUUCAGAUGA